CGAUACAAAAUGGUUAAUAAAUACAUUCGAAAUAACUCUGUGAAACGUCUAACUGUUAUGAUCAAAGAGAGACCAUGUAUAUUUAAGCAUAUCUAUCAAAUUUAUGAUUGUCCAGCUGAAAUACUGUCGGAUCCAAGUGAUUCUAAAUAUGUAUUUAGUAGUACGGCUAUUUUAUACUUUCGACCAUUAUGUUUAGCUAUUUAUAUGCGUUGUAAAAGUGCUGUAGAAAUGUUAUUAUCCUCUGGAUUAUGUAAUCCAUGUGAGUAUAGUUAUGCCUCAGAAGUUUAUGUUCAAACACAAGGUAACAAUGCAGGUGAUUUGUUGGAAGUAUUACCAUCAUGUGUUGCAAUACGUCGUCAAUAUUUAGACAUCUUGCCGAUAUUAUUUAAACCUACGCCUGACUUAAACUUUCCCGUCUUUACACCGCGUACUUCAUUCACUAUACGUUAUAUUAGUAAGCGGGUGCACAAGUCUAUAACAUAUGACGAUAUAUUCCAUUACUGUAUAGAAUUGGCUCAAGUCGAUAGAUUCAUUAAUGUAGCACGUACUCUAUAUACACUGAUAUAUAAAUGUUCAGGCUUCUAUAAACCUGGUUAUUUAGAUGAACAUAAAAAACUGCAGAAUUACUCUUUAUUUCGUCGAUUAAUCUAUACCGCUUUGUAUAUUGACAGUGAUAAUCGAAUCAGUUAUCCACUGAUACAGUGUAUGGAGUUACUAGUGAAAGCUUCACACUUUCAAAUUUCAACUAAUCAUAAACUGCCUAUUACAAAGGCUGCAAAUUAUACUACUAACAAUAAUACUGCUGCUAAUGUAAGCAAUAUUGAUAUUGUUGACCAAAUACCUACCAAAUUAAAUUUCAGUAGUAUACUAACAAAAUGGAGUGGAUUUAGUGAAAAGAUGAGAGAUCGCUAUAUAAGUAUUGCACUUCUGUUCAGCUUCUAUGCAUAUUUAUUACUACGUGGAAAAGUUAAUUUGGUUAAUUAUGUAAUCAAUUUAUUAUUUCAUGUGUUGUACGACACACAGUCGUUGAAUAGUUUAUUAAGCUUGACACCAGAUGACUUAGCUCAGUGUUUAGACUUUAUCUUGAGUCAAGAUGUACUGGGUAAUGAAUUAUGCGGUGAGAAGAAGAUCUUCAUCAUACCAGCACUGUCAGCAGUCACAACAAUUGGGAUGGUUAAAUCAGUAGCUACAUCAUCAAAGUUUAGUUCUCUAUUUGCUGAAAUGCAUGGACGAGUCGAUUAUGGGGAUUGUGAUAAUGACCAAGAACGUCGACAAUACCACAGGCAGUAUUACUGUUAUCAAUACCAACAACAACAGCAACAACAAAAGCCAGGUCAUCAAACCAGUAGACAGAUAGCCGAUGAAAGACGAAUUUACUUGCCUAUAAAAUUCUCAGAAUCACCUCAUCUGUUAACAUAUAUUAUAGACAAGUUACAAACAUGCAUUCGUCUAGAACAGAUUAGAUAUAUACAUUUAUUAUGCUUACGGAAAGUGACCAGUCAUUAUGUUAUGAAUGAUAAUGACAUGCAUUGUAUACUAAAUGAAGGUGAUGAAGAUAGGAAUACAUAUGACGAGGAAUUUCCCGUGAAAAGACACCUGAUUCUCUCACGUUUACAGAAUAUAUCUACGCAUAAAACAGGAAGUAGUCAUUUGGAGAAUGUAACCUGUGGCGUUCAGAGAUCUUUGUGUCAAAGACUAUGUCAUCCUGUGUGUGUAAACGUGUGUAAACAUAGUAUGCCUGGAGACGUGUUAAGAUUAAAUCCUGAUCCUGUUAAUACCGCGCGUACUACUACUAAUGUUAGCUAUAGGUCAACAAACGGCGACCAUCAACACCAUCAGCAAUUAUAUUCACAGACACAAAGAUUGAAAAUGUCUAAAAUUCAGCCUGUAGACAGUAAUGAAGCAGAGAAACGUGACGGGACUACUUUUACAAAUGUACCUUACAGUGGAGAUGAUGCCAUUGAUGAUGAUGAUGAUGAUAGUAAUGAUGAAGUUACCAAUGCUGAAUACAGUAUGGAGAAUAAAUCGAUACAAAUCCGGUCAAGUACACUUUUAACUGGACUAACAACUUCCGGUGAUCCAGAAAUGAGUAAUACUCAUAAUGCUUUAGAAAGUAUGGCAUCUAAUUUGAACUACAAAGUGUAUGAUGAUAGUAAUGACAAUAAAAUUAAUGAUGAUAGUGACGACAACAACAGGGCAGGACGUAUUACACCGACUAUAAAUUAUCAAGCGAUAACAAAUAAUGGUGAUGCAUUAGAGGCAGAAGAUAUUUCCGAAAGAAAUCUUGCAAUAACAUCAAUUCUGACGACGAGUACAACUGAGACAAGCUAUUCAAGAGUUAAUAGAAUAAUUACAAAUUGUGAUAAAAUAUACAAUGAACGAAAUAAUCGACGAAAAGAUGAGAUAACAGCAGAUGAACAGAAUUUAUUAAAAGAUAUUGGAGAUUUGAAUUUUGAACUGCCAACAAAACAAAAUUUAUCACUGAAAGAUGUUGACCGACUAAUUGAGUGUAUAGCUACCACAGUUCUAGCUAAUGAACCAGAUGUGAAAAAUGGUAUCAUCGAAGAUAUAUUCUUUGAAUACUUAGAGGAAGAGAUGAAUAGAUCAGAAAGUUUAUCAAAAGGGAAUGCAUAUGAACCACGACACAAAGACGACCGAUGGACUAAGUGUGCAUCUUUACUUGAAACUAGAAUGAAACAUUCAUCAGAAGACCCGAAAAUAGCAGACAAAGCAGCACGAGCAACAGCAGAAGAAGAAGAAGAAGACGAUGGAAAUCCCUCUGUAAAGUACACUGACACUGAAACUAUGGACACAAUCACAAAUACCACUCAUACCAUAUUUAAUGCAGAUGACAUGAAUUUUUCAAAUGAACUUAACCCGAAGCAAUCAGUUAUUAACAAUAUUGGAGAUAAAUCUAUUCAACAAGUGUAUCUUGAUUCAACGGAUAUCACACAUACAGAAAGUCAUCAGAGUAUUCGGAGCAAUGAUGAACGAAAUGUCUACCAUCAGAGUGUUACUGCAAAUUGUCGAAGGAUUUUAUUAUCUUGUACAAAGCCAGUCGAACAGAUAACGAACAUAUUUAGGCAUAUGUCUAUAAGUAAGCGGGGUUAA